AGCCGCCAUGGACCUGCUGUUCGGGCGCCGCAAGACCCCCGAGGAGCUGCUGCGGCAGAACCAGCGCGCGCUCAACCGCGCCAUGCGCGAGCUGGACCGCGAGCGCCAGAAGCUGGAGACGCAGGAGAAGAAGAUCAUCGCCGACAUCAAGAAGAUGGCCAAGCAGGGCCAGAUGGAUGCCGUCCGUAUUAUGGCCAAAGACCUGGUUCGCACCCGCCGUUACGUUCGCAAGUUUGUGCUGAUGCGGGCUAAUAUCCAGGCCGUGUCCCUCAAGAUCCAGACACUCAAGUCCAACAACUCAAUGGCACAAGCCAUGAAAGGAGUCACCAAGGCCAUGGGCACCAUGAACAGGCAGCUAAAGCUACCCCAGAUCCAGAAGAUCAUGAUGGAGUUUGAACGGCAAGCAGAGAUCAUGGACAUGAAAGAGGAAAUGAUGAACGAUGCUAUUGAUGACGCCAUGGGUGAUGAAGAUGAUGAAGAGGAGAGUGAUGCUGUGGUGUCCCAAGUACUGGAUGAGCUGGGAUUGAGUUUGACAGAUGAGUUAUCAAACCUCCCGUCCACUGGUGGCUCACUCAGUGUGGCCGCAGGUGGGAAAAAAGCAGAAGCUGCAACCUCUGCCCUGGUAGAUGCUGACGCAGACCUGGAGGAAAGGCUCAAGAACCUGCGAAGGGACUAACAGUCCAAACCCCAGGGACCGGUAGAAGUACCAACAUUUUCAUUGUAUAACCCUCUGAUAAUAAAAAAAUUUUAAGAGUU